CCCAUAGAGCCUUUCUCUUCCGGUUGGAUUUGAUUUCUGGAAUUGCAUAAAUUACUACACUUGAUUUGCAGUUUUGAAGAAGAACAACUUUGUUCGAGUGCCUUGAUCCGCUUCCUGGUUCCAUAGCCUGACAUGGACUCCGUCUCCCUUCGCCCUUUCCCCUUCGCUGCUGCUUCCUUCUUAAGCCCUAAUUAUCUCACGCCCAAACUUAUAGCUCGGCGGAUCCCGCUCCGUCACCGCUCCCGCUCUUCCUUGUCCCCUCGCACCACCGUCCGCCUCUCCCUCUCCGAAGGCAUCACCAACAACUCCCCGCUUCCCGAUCCCUCUUCCGUUACCGCUCCUCUCUUCUCCAACUGGACGCCACCUCGCCCCUUGUGGCGCGGCCUCUCCGCUCUCAUCCUCGCCGGACAGGUGGCUCGCCGCGCUCUCUCCGGACGCAUCCACCGUCGGAACACCCUACAGCAGCUGGAGCGCGUUGGCCCCCGCUCCACCGGCGUCUGCCUCCUCACCGCUGCUUUUGUGGGGAUGGCCUUUACCAUCCAGUUCGUCAGAGAGUUCACCCGCCUCGGCCUCCAUCGCUCUGUCGGCGGCGUACUCGCCCUCGCCCUCUCCCGCGAGUUAUCCCCUGUUGUCACCUCAGUUGUCGCCGCUGGGCGCAUAGGCUCUGCGUUCGCUGCGGAGCUCGGCACCAUGCAGGUCUCCGAGCAGACAGACACUCUCCGUGUCCUUGGAGCCCAUCCCGUUGACUACCUCGUCACUCCUCGAGUCAUCGCUUGUUGCCUUGCUCUUCCAGUCCUUACCCUCCUCUGCUUUUGUGUUGGCCUCGCCUCCAGUGCUUUUCUGGCUGAUGCCGUCUUCGGGAUCAGCAUCAACAUUAUCCUCGACUCCGCCAGGAGGGCUCUGCGGCCCUGGGACAUCAUCAGCGCCAUGAUUAAAUCGCAAGUUUUUGGGGCUACGAUAGCGGUCGUAAGCUGCGCAUGGGGAGUCACUACACACGGCGGGGCCAAGGGGGUUGGUGAAUCCACAACGUCGGCAGUUGUCAUCUCCCUUGUUGGGAUCUUUAUCGCGGACUUUGCUCUUUCGUAUUUAUUUUUCCAGGGUGCAGGUGAUUCGCUCAAGUAUGCCAUGGGAUAGACAAAUUAUCUAAUACUUCAAUGUAUCAAUAUUUUAUUGAUUUCGGAAUGGCGGGCGGAGCUUUGGCUGGAGAAAAGCUAUUUAUUUUGCACAGCAAAAAGGUUUUUGGAUAUUUAUAAACAAAUCUCAUAGAGCUGAUGGUAUGAUCAUUCUUAGCACUUAUGAAUCUUUUCAUUGUUUUAGAAGAAUGCAAAAGUAUGCUUCCCUUAAGAAGGUCCAACUUUCUGCUUCAAUUGAAAUGCCUGUACUACUUGAGCUGCAUUUUAGGUCAUUAAAUUCAAGUGUUUAUUAGCCUUUAUAUAUCCA